GCGUCUUCUCCCACCUUAGUACCACAAGAAAAUGAGGGCUCCGAAUAACCGUAAAGCUCUAAAGUGCAGUGCAACCAGUGCUAACACCGGUAAUAGUACGUAAUCAUCGUUAUAAUUUUGAUUCAAUUGUUGAACUACACAAUAAAUGCACAGAAUCCCUUCUAACUUAACAAAUACAUUUUUUUUUCUGGUUGAAAAAAUUUUUUUUUAAUCGACAAAAUGGAAGUUCGCCGUGGCCAACGAGCUGGCAGUAGAAGAAUCAAAUUCGGGGGCUACAAUUUUCAUAGAGAUUCGAGGUACAACGGAGCGAUCCAACGAUACGUAUGUGCUGAUAGGACUACUGAAGCUCGAUGCCGAGUAAAAUUAUGGCGAUUUGGCAACGAUGAACCAGUAGUUGUUGGUGAACAUUUCCAUCCGCGACCAACAAUUGAUGAGCGCUCAGAAGUAAUAAACAGACUGCGACAGAGAGCAAUGCUCGAUAAUUCCCUACCUAAUGUGGUAGUAGAUGGAGUAUUCAGAGGGUUACCAAUGGCGAGAGCACUCGAAAUGCGGCCAGAAGCCGCAAGACGACACGUUCACCGGGAAAGACGUUUACAUCAACCCCCAAUCCCAAGAACCUUUCAUGCGCUUGGUGACAUGCUAAUUGCUUAUCCUGCCGUUGAAGGUAUUUUUUGCGGGACAAGAGUCGCCACAGACGGAUCCGAGGUGCACAUAUUUGGUGCAAUGAAUAUGAUAAAUCGAUUAAACAACUGCACCGAGUUGUACAUUGAUGGGACUUUUAGAACUGUACCAAGGACACCACGUGCUGCUCAAUUGUUGAUUGUUUUCAUGAAGAAAAUGGAUGUUGGAGUACCAGUGUUGUAUGUUCUGUGCAGCUCUCGUACCACGUCAAUGUACACUGCAGUAUGGGAUUUUAUCAUUGAAAGGGCGAAUAAUAUACAAAACAGCUUACAGUACGUGAUUACAGAUUUUGAGGCUGCAAUAAUUUCAUCGAUACGAGCGUCCUUUCCUUUAGCUCGGAUUCGAGGAUGCUGGUUGCAUUGUAUCAGGGCAAUGACACGGAAGUGGAAUAAUCUGAGACUUCCUCGUGAUGGAAAUGAUGAGACAUUACGAGAGGCUUGGGCAUUGCCUUUAAUUCCAGCGGAACGAUUUCAGGAGGCUAUAAAUAUUAUUAUUCAAACGUCGGAACAAAUUGAACAAGAGCAUGAAAAUGUUGUCAUGUUCAUUUAUUAUUUAAUUAGACAGUGGUUACCUCUCGCGGACAUCGUUUCUGUUUGGAAUUCACCCUGGCGAACGAAUAACUUUGCAGAAGCUUUCAAUCGCCAUUUAAUGGCACGGCUAAACGGAGAAUAUCCUUCAUUAUUCACUUUCUUAUCGCAACUAAAAAAUAUUAUCCAGGAUAUGGAAAUUCAAUGGCAACGUCUCGAUGCGGGAAUAGAUUUAAAUCGCAAUCGCCGAUCAGUCCAGCAAAAUCAUGACAUCCGCAUUCGUAAUCUCCAAGCUGGUUUGAAUUCUGGAAGGUUUACAUUACGAGAAUUUCUGACUUCUGUUGUAAAUCAAGAUUUACAUCAAUCAACGUUGUUGAUCAUCGGUAGAAAUGAACGUGAUGAGCUCCUACAAGGCUUAGGUUUCAACAUUGAAAACUUAAACCUUCAAGAUCCAAUAAGAGAUAUAAAUUAAGGUGUGUCGAGUAGACUGGGCCAAAAAAAUUGACUAUUUUUUUUUUGUCAUUCUGAAUAAUAUUAUCGAUAUAGCUUAGAGAAAAAAAUAGUCAAUUUUUUUGGCCCAGUCUAGUGUCGAGAGUACUUGAGUCGUCAUAAAGAUUUUCGACGUUUAAAGUAUCUGUUUUCGACAUUUUUUUUUUAUCAAUUUUUGUUUUUUAAUAUUUGCACUGUCGCAAAUUUUACAAUUACUAUCGAUUUAUCAUCGUAAAUAAAAAAAAAUAAAAUGAUAAAAACGUAGAAGCAAAAAUUUAAACGAAUAAAAAGAAAAUAAUUAAAAAAAAAAUUUAUCAAGAAUUAGAUUAAGACUAAGAUGAUAAAUGACGCUAGCAAUACGGGGUUUUUAUUAAUCAUUUUUGUAAUAGCUGGGGUUUAUAUUAAAAUAUGUUUAUGUAAAAGUUUAGGCUAACGUUUUUGAAUAUUUUUCAAUAACCAAAAGUUUAAAAAAAUAUUUUUUUAAUAUAAAAUAUAAACGUUAAGUAAGAAUUAUAUGAAAUUAAGAAGAUUCUCAUACAUUGUGCCCCUCACUUCUUAAAAAUAUGAAAUUACUUUCAACCGUCAUUAUCGAAUUAAAAUUUAAUUAAUAUAUUUCAAAAAAAUUGAAAUCGUAAUUGAAAAAAGGACAACUUAGUAGCGAUUCCGUCGAGAUAUUGAUUUAAAAAAAAAAGAAAUUACUUACAGAUGUUAUCAAUUAGGAGUUCUACAAAACUCGUUGACUCAAUUUUAUGUAAAAAACUUUCAAAUUUGAAUUAUAAAAUCGACAUGAAGAUUUUACUUAAAUUUAUUUGACGAAUUAUGUUCAAGUGCCGAUUGAUAUCAACUGUAAGUAAUUUUUUUAAAUCUAUAUCUCAGCGACAUUACAACUACGUUGCCCUUUUUUCAUUUAAUGCUUUCAUUUUUUUUUAAUUAAUUAAUAAAAUUUUUAUAUGUUGAUGACAGUUGAGUAAUUAAAAACUUGUAAGAAGUGAGGGGCAAUGUCUGAAAUUGACCUUAAAUCCUGAAGAAAAUUUUUUAAUUUAAAUACAAAUACUCAAAUUUCUAAAAUGUCUUAAAUUUGUAAGUUUAAUGCAACAAAUUCUUUUGGAAUUUGGUAGUUUCUAGUUUUUUAAUAUCAAAUGAAAAAUUUUUUUUUUAAUUCCUGUUAAAAAACGUAUGUAAUUUGACUGAUCAGUGUGACCUAAGGAGUAGUUGAGGGUGACCUGUAUCACAUGAUUAUAUUCUUAUUUUCAAUUUUUGGGAUGGUUAUAAAAAUUUGUUUACAUAAAUGUACAAGAAAAUUUAAAUGAUAUUAAAAUAUAAAAAAACUUUUGUUAUUUUUUAAUAAAAAAAAAAAUUAGUCUAAUUUCAGUAAUGUCUUAAAUUUAUAAGUUCAAAACAACGCAUUCUUUUGGAAUUUUGUAGUUUCUAGUAUUUUAAGGUCAUUCUCAGACAGUGCCCCCCACUUUUUAAAAAUUUUGAAUGACUUUCAACUGUUGUAAGCAUAUCAAAUUUUUAUCAAUUAAUUAAAAAAAUAUUAAAGCAUUAAAUGAAAAAAGGUCAACGUAGUUGUAAUGUCGCUGAGAUAUAGAUUUAAAAAAAAAUUAUUUACACUUGAUAUCAAUUAGGAGUUAAACAAAAUUCGUUAAAUAAAUUUUCGUAAAAUCGUCCUGUCAAUUUUAUCAUUCGAAUUUUUAAAUUUUGUGGGCUAAAAUUUAUUCAACAAAUUUCGUUUAACUCCCAAUUGACAUCAAUUGUAAGUAAUUUUUUUAAAAUUCUAUAUCUCAACGAAAUUACGACUAUAGUAACGUUGUCCUUUUUUCAAUUAAGUUUUUAAUUUUUUUUUAAUUGAUUAAUAAAAUUUUAAUACGGUUAUGACAGUUGAAAGUCAUUGCAUACUUUUAAAAAGUGUGGGGCACUGCCUGAGAAUGCCCUUAAUAUCUAUUGUCUUUUUUUUUUUUAUUUUUCGUAAAAAAUUAAAAAAAUUUUUUCUUUAAACGAUUUAUUCAUUAACUUAAUGAUGAAUAAAUAAGUUAUUAAUAAAUGACGAUAUUCACACGUGAAAAAUGUUCAUUACAAUACUACAUUUCUGUAAAUCAACAUAUGUAACAGCCAUGUCUACCAUAUCAUCAUCUUCGUUAUUUAAAUUAC